AUGACGAAAAGCAAGAAUAAAAAUUCGCUAAACAAUGUAAAGUUUGUAAAGUCGAAGAUGAACAGGGCGCAAAAAGAGGAGGAGGAGGAAAAAGAGGAGGAGGAGGAGGAGGGAGAAGGAGGAGGAGGAGGAGUGGGUGUACCGGAGACAGUACGCUGUCUCCUAGUGCCACCAGCAACUGCAACACUACCUGCUACCACGAAUAUUUUCCGCUGUGUGUCGUACAGGUCAAUCAUACAUAUGUCACCAAAUGAUAGGCACGCCUCUCGUAUGCCGCAGAGUGCAUUAUCAUGUUUGAAUAGCAUUGUUUCUGCGCAUACUUCCUAUCCUGUCUUCUGUACAUUCCCAAUAGCCUGUGGUGAAUGCAAUACGUUAUCUGUAUACAGCUGA